GGCAGCAGGUUACAAAGCGCAUCAUGGGUUCGGGGACCAAAUUCCCAUCCCAAGCAAAGGGGCCUCCAGCCAGUUUCCCAUCAGCCCCAGGGCAUGGGAAUGAGUGCUCUGAACUUGGAGCUGGCCCCUCACUGGGCUCUGCCAGGCCAGCUGUGUGGUCCAGGAUGACCCACCUGCCCCUCUGAGGGGCUCGCCUGCGGCCUUCACAGGGGAAGGGGCCGCUUUCAGAGGCUGGAUCAGCACACACAGGACGUGCAAAGUGCGGCACAUGGCGGGCACGGCCUGGGCCCCAGGGGGUGGCUUUACCAGGAGAGCUCAGGGCUGGGGGCUCCAGGCAGCAGCAACUCGAAUUCCCCACCCUGCAAGGUCGGUGUGCUUGGCCCCCCGCCCCGGGAGGCACGUACCACGGGGCGGAGGGCUGGGUGAAGGAGCAGCUGUCACCGUAUGUCUGUCAGGGAUCACCGUCCUUGUUUUAAGCCAAGCGCACACAGUCACCAAUCCUGGUGGGGACGGGACAGGCCUCGAGCUCCGCCAGCUCCUGCCACAUCUCCGCUCUGCUUCUGCCUGGCCACAGGGCUCCUGGGACCUGGGCUCUCAGAAAGGUUAACUGUAGGUCCAUGCAGUUUUCGGGAAUAAAAUGCGGAGCUCCCAUGCCCCCUUUGUCACCCAGCUUCCCCAAUGGUCACACAACGACAUGGACUCGAGGCGCAGGGCACUUCGAGGACCCCUCACGUCACCUUUCGCAGCGGUGAACACUCCGCGCCUGCCCCUGCCUGUCAACCCCCGGCCGCCACCCGCCUGCUGUCCACUGCGCCCCUUCCCGCUUCCGAGAAUGCCACCACGUACACGUGUCACGCGCACGUGACCUUUCGAGCCUGGCGCCUCGCACGCAGUCGGCGGUUCCCCCGGGCUGAUGCUGCGGGCAGCGGGCUCCUUAGCGCGGACGGACUGCAGCCGGGUCGGCCAUCUCCCUGUAGAAGGACAUCUGGGCCCGUCCAGUUUGGGGAUCUGAGGAAGGAUGCUGCUGGAAGGAGCUGCGCCGUUUCCACGUCCCUGCAUUCCAGCACUUUUAAUUUUAACACCUGAUCCGGAGCCACUGAAUGUGCCUGAGCCCGAGUGUGGCUCAGAUGGCAGACAGAAGCCAGGCAGCCCAGGGCCAAAGCAGAAGGGGCGACUGCACGGCCGCUCUGCUGUUUCGGGGGGACCUGGUAUGCCCUACCAAGCCAGGCCCGCCCAUCCACCCUCCUUCACCAAGGGCAGCGGCAGCCCCUCCCCUGGGGCUGGCUGGACUGAGCACAGGUCUUUCAGAGUGGAAGGUGCUGCUUCGAGGGGAGACUUUUCUGGAGAAGUCGAUCCAGGCUUCCCGGCCUCCGACAGACUCGCCAGCUUGGCUCACGAGCAUAAUUCUGCAGGUCGUCCACGGAAAUAAACACCUUUUGGUGGCACGUCCACUGUGAAGCAACCCCCCACCUAAGAUCCCUCCUCACUUCUUUACCCUAAAAUGUCCUACAACCCCUGACUUCUCUUCUGCAUGCGCCUCCCUCCACCAGGAGCUGGAGCUCUGGCGCUCGAAGGGACCAGGGACUGGCGCCCGGGCUGCCAGGAAGCAGGGCCUCCCGCCCAGAGGGGACCCGACACUGGGCUGAGCCUGGCCCGGGGCCCCUGACGGAGGCAUGCUGCUGGGCUGGGGGAGAGCUGCGGCGACACAGGGCCCUGGUCCAGGCCUGGACACGCCCGCAGGACCCGCGCACCCCGCCUGGACCCGGGGGGCUCUGGGGCUGAAAGAGGCCGGGCCGAGCCUGGAGGAGGAGGGGCGGCAGCCUGGCCCGUCUGGUCUGUGGCCUGGUUCUCGGCUCGGUUCUGGCAGCCGCGAGGCACUCGGGGAAUCUAGGUGCACGGGAAGAGCCUCCGUGUCUCCGGCGCGCCCAGGGCGCACCGACCCGCAGCUGCCGAAAGUGCGCGCGAGCAGGAGCUCUGCCCGGAGCUCGGAACUCCGGGGCCCGCGCUAGGAGCGAGGCGAGGCGCCCCGGGCGGGCGGGCAGGGGAGGCGGGGGCGCCCCCGCUCGUCGGACCACCCAGCGCGCCGCUCCCUCCUCCCUCCUCCCGCAGCCGGUCGGAGGGUCACCGAGAGCCCCGCUCCGCUCCCCUCCGCACUUAACCAGUGGCUGGGGCCUCCCCCGCACCGGGAUUGGAUGCCAGCGACUGGGUGGGGGCGGGCGGGGGGACCCCAGCAGCCCAGGUUCCCAGCUGGGGCAGAGAGCUCCCCGCAGUGCAGACGCUGCUGGUCCGCUCCCGCGAGGACUUCCGCACACACCGGCAGACUUGCGAGCCGGCGGGCGGCGUGGAGGAGGCGACAGCUGCGGUGGUGGCCCCUCGCGCCGCGAUGUUCGACAGCUCGCAGUACCCCUACAACUGCUUCAAUUACGACGCCGACGACUACCCGGCAGGCAGCUCCGACGAGGAAAAGCGGCUCACGCGGCCUGCGUACAGCUACAUCGCGCUCAUCGCCAUGGCCAUCCAGCACAGCCCCGCGGGCCGGGUGACCCUGUCUGGCAUCUACGACUUCAUCAUGCGCAGGUUCCCCUACUACCGCGCCAACCAGCGCGCCUGGCAGAACUCCAUCCGCCACAACCUGUCCCUCAACAGCUGCUUCGUCAAGGUGCCUCGAACCGAGGGCCACGAGAAGGGCAAGGGCCAUUACUGGACGUUCGCGGGCGGCUGCGAGUCCCUGCUGGACCUCUUCGAGGACGGCAACUUC